GCUCCCGGAGGGCCUCCAGGUGAGUGCCGGGAGGCGGUGGCUCUGAUUUUUCCGAGCCGGACUCCGCGCCUCUGCUCCCGGCGCUGCCACCUGACUACCUGGGGACAGGGACGGCUGUCUCGCUCGGACCUCCUCUGGGACCCGUUCGGAAAGGGUUCGCCGAACCAUGGAGGGCGCAGAGCUGGCGGGGAAGAUCCUUUCCACCUGGCUGACGCUGGUGCUCGGCCUCAUCCUCCUGCCCUCGGCCUUCGGAGUGUCUUUGGGCAUCUCCGAGAUCUAUAUGAAGAUCCUGGUGAAAACUUUAGAGUGGGCCACAUUACGAAUUGAAAGAGGAGUCCCAAAGGAGUCGGUUCUUAAAAACUCAGCUUCUGUUGGUAUUAUCCAAAGAGAUGAGUCACCCAUGGAAAAAGGGCUCUCUGGUCUGCGAGGAAGGGACUUUGAGCUGUCUGAUGCGUUUUAUUUCUCCAAGAAGGGAUUGGAAGCCAUUGUGGAAGAUGAAGUGACCCAGAGGUUCUCCUCCGAGGAGCUAGUAUCAUGGAAUCUCCUUACAAGGACCAAUAUAAAUUUCCAGUACAUCAGUCUGCGGCUCACCAUGGUGUGGGUGCUGGGUGUCAUAAUACGCUACUGUUUUCUACUACCCCUGAGGGUUACCUUGGCUUUCAUUGGGAUCAGUUUGUUGGUUAUUGGAACUACACUGGUUGGGCAGCUGCCGGACAGCAGCCUCAAAAACUGGUUGAGUGAACUAGUCCACCUGACUUGCUGCCGGAUCUGUGUGCGAGCCCUCUCUGGUACCAUUCAUUAUCAUAACAAGCAAUACAGACCACAAAAGGGAGGCAUUUGUGUUGCCAACCAUACCUCCCCAAUAGAUGUUUUGAUCUUGACAACAGAUGGAUGCUAUGCUAUGGUUGGCCAAGUUCAUGGUGGAUUGAUGGGAAUCAUUCAAAGAGCUAUGGUGAAGGCUUGCCCACAUGUCUGGUUUGAACGCUCAGAAAUGAAGGAUCGACACCUAGUUACUAAGAGACUGAGAGAACACAUUGCUGAUAAGAAAAAAUUACCCAUAUUAAUCUUUCCUGAAGGAACUUGCAUCAAUAAUACAUCAGUCAUGAUGUUUAAAAAAGGAAGCUUUGAAAUUGGAGGAACCAUACAUCCAGUUGCAAUUAAGUAUAACCCUCAGUUUGGUGAUGCAUUUUGGAACAGUAGUAAAUACAACAUGGUGAGCUACCUGCUUCGAAUGAUGACCAGCUGGGCCAUUGUCUGUGACGUAUGGUACAUGCCUCCCAUGACCAGAGAGGAAGGAGAAGAUGCGGUCCAAUUUGCUAAUAGGGUUAAGUCCGCUAUUGCUAGACAAGGCGGAUUGACUGAGCUUCCCUGGGAUGGCGGGCUGAAGAGAGCAAAGGUAAAGGACACUUUUAAGGAAGAGCAGCAGAAGAACUACAGCAAGAUGAUUGUGGGCAAUGGAUCUCUCAGCUCGGAAUCAGACUGAUUGUCACCCUGGACAUACAACUUGGUUUCCCUUAGAAAUGGAGUGUGUGUGUGUGUGUGUGUGUGUGUGUGUGUGUGUAGUUUUUUUUUUGAGGGGGGCUGUUGUUUUGUUUUAUUGUUUGUUUUUUAUUGUUAAUCUUUUCUACAGGAUGAUGGUUUCUACCUCUUUAUGCCAGAGGCAGAACCCAUGGAUACCCUAUUGUUGUUGUGAUAGCAUUAGCCUCCUGAAUUGUAAGGUAGUUGACUGAGUUUAAACAGAUUCUGCCUUUUGUAAAAGAUUGUCACUGUUGAUUGAAUGUUGAUUGAUAUAUUUGUGUAAGAGAAAAUGCUUCUAAACCACUUUGGAACUCUUUGUGUUUGGAACUCGUUGAUAUGGUAAUUCUCAAAAAAUACCCCAAACUUUUUUUUUCAUGAUUAGCUUUCUCAUGCCCUUCCCUCCCACUCCCUGCAGUCACUUAAACAGUGGGAUUACACCUCUGUUAUCAUCAUGGGUGGUUAUGUUCUCCUGCUUUGUUGAAAAGAAAAAUGGAGGACAGUAUUUAGGAGAAGGGAUAACUCUGUGGCCAUCUGAUCUGAAAGCUGAAAGGAAAUGUUAAUGUUUUUUACUAGCGUGUUAGGAGAGAAAUACCAUUUGGUGAGCUUUACCAAAGAAGUGAGUCCAAGUUCCUGUGUGAGUGCAUUUAUUUAUAUGUAGGCAAGUUGCGAAUAAAUACAUUUAGCCAGCAACUGGUGAUACGGUUUUUAGUUUUCCUUGUUUGUGUGCUAAAGAUCUGUACCUAGUGCCUCUCCCAUCUACUGUAACCAAACCCAUUUCAAAUAGGAGGAGCCUUUUACAACAACACAAAAAUCACAUUGAUUAUAUUUAUCGGAAGUAUGAAUGAGUGAAGUGUAUGGCGCUGCCCCUUACCCUCCACUGCUUUGUAGUUUCUUUUAGAACUUUCCCCGUUUCUUAAACAGAAAAAUAA